AUGCUGAAAAUGACAGAGUUUAUAGAUAAAAUAGAUUAUUUUAAUGAUCAUCUCUUAUUAAAUAAGGCAGGAAGUGUUCAUAAAAUGGAUAUCUUUAAUGAUAUUCACAAUUAAAUUAAUACUUUAAAUGUUGGAUUUGAUGUAUUGAUUUUUGCCAAAUAUUAUACAAUUCUAUUCGAGUGUAUUUAUUUUAACAUUCUUUUAGUUGAUAUAUUCGGAUCCAAGAUGAUAGGAUGGUUGAGAAGGCGUAAUCAUUUAUGA